AUGAGCUUUUUACGUUAUAAAACUCACAUCGAAGAAGGCGAAUUAGUUAUUGCUUAUUUAUCGCGCGAAAAUAUGACACCACUUAUAGUUGAUUCCAAGAAAACAUACAAUAACAAAUUUGGAAUAUUUAAGCAUAAAGACAUGAUAGGUUUUAUGUAUUUACUUCACCCAACACCAGAAUUAUGGACCCAUGUAGUUCCACAUAGGACACAAAUUUUAUAUGCCGCUGAUAUUUCUUAUAUAACAACGUAUCUCGAUUUAAAACCUGGUUCUGUAGUACUAGAAUCCGGAACGGGGAGUGGAUCAUUUUCACAUUCUUUGGCACGAACAAUUGCACCAAAUGGUCAUUUGUAUACAUUUGAAUUUCACGAAGAGCGGGCAAAAGCCGUGAAGCAGGACUUUGAAGAGCAUGGCUUGUCGGAUCUUAUUACAAUAGAAUGUAGAGAUGUUUGCAAGAAUGGUUUCGGCGUUACCGAUUUAGUCCAUGCUGGCAAGAUAAGUUGUUUUAGUCCAUGCAUUGAACAAGUGCAACGGACUUGUGCGUCCUUGAAUGAAAAUGGUUUUGUUGAAAUUAAGAUGUAUGAAUGUCUUAUGCGUGAACAUGAAAUUAAAACAAUACCUAUAUAUACGGUUACUGAUGCUGUAAAUAAAAUUAAAUUACAACAAGAUAAAAAACGUAAACGUAAGGAAGAUCAAGAUGAACAGGAUAAUGCUAAUGCUGAUAGUCAGGUUUCUAAAUCAAAACAAGAUCCUCCAAAUCUGUAUGUUUCCAAAACACCUAAUGAAGUCAAAGGUCAUACCA